AUGAGAGACCUUCUUCUCCGACACUACCCUAACAUUGAACGAAUCCAGGCUGAACAAAUGGAGAGAUGGGUCUACGAUUCAAGAUCCACAAUAAUGAGACACAAUACGAUGAACAAAUUUGGUGUUGUUCCUUAUGAUUUUGGCUUUGAAGGCAUGCUCCCAAAUUUGGUUGAUGACUUCAUAAGCCCUAUAUCUCAAGUCAAGUUUAAUGCAAACGGAAUGGUUGUUGGAACUCUUUAUGGGUUUGACCAGUUCAUGAAUCCUGUUGUCGAAAACACCGUGGAAGUGAACGGAACGAAGCAAAAGUUGGUGAGGCUCUUACAAAAGCUUUCAAAACGGGUUUUGUCAACAAUGAGGUUCUCUCAUCUAUCGUUGGUUACCUCUGCCUCUGCAUAA